CUAAAAUUACAUAAGGUAAUUAAGAGAGAGAGAGAGAGAGACGUAUAGAAGCUUAACAUCGGGAAGCCGAAUUGAUUUUGACCAUGGAGGAUUUGUGCGAUGGCAACAUGGAGUUGAAGGAGAUUCAAACCCUGGCAGGACACUCCGAUAGGGUUUGGAGCUUGGCUUGGAAUCCGGCCACCGGAACUUCUAAUAAUCCUCCUGUAUUGGCUUCUUGUAGUGGCGAUAAGACUGUUCGAAUUUGGGAGCAGACUCCUUCCAAUCGCCUUUGGCAUUGCAAGGCAGUUCUGGAAGAAACCCACACUCGAACUGUUCGGUCUUGUGCCUGGUCUCCUUGUGGGAAAUUUUUGGCCACCGCCAGCUUUGAUGCCACCACCGCCAUUUGGGAGAACAUUGGCGGUGAUUUCGAAUGCGUUUCUACUUUAGAGGGUCAUGAAAAUGAAGUGAAGUGUGUGAGUUGGAAUGCAUCAGGUUCGCUCCUGGCGACGUGUAGUAGGGAUAAGACUGUUUGGAUAUGGGAAGUGAUGCCUGGGAAUGAAUUUGAGUGUGUUUCAGUUUUGCAAGGACAUACACAAGAUGUUAAAAUGGUUAAAUGGCAUCCAACUAUGGAUGUUUUGUUUUCUUGUAGCUAUGAUAACACUGUUAAGGUUUGGGCUGAGGAUGGUACUGGUGAUUGGCAUUGUGUUCAAUCCUUAGGUGAAUCUAACAAUGGUCACUCUUCUACUGUCUGGGCACUUGCUUUUAAUGCUGAAGGAAACAGAAUGGUUACCUGUAGUGAUGAUCUUACACUAAAAAUAUGGGAAACAGAUGUUGGAGGGAUGCAAUCAGGCAAUGACCUUGUUUCUUGGAAUCACCUUUGCACUCUCUCGGGUUAUCAUGAUAGAACAAUCUUUUCAGUUCAUUGGUCAAGGGAAGGUAUUAUAGCAAGUGGAGCAGCUGAUGAUGCACUGCGGUUUUUCGUGGAGAGCAAAGAUGGUUUGGUUGAUGGUCCUUCAUAUAAACUGUUGUUGAAAAGGGAAAAGGCUCAUGAAAUGGACAUAAACUCAGUGCAAUGGGGCCCUGGGGAAACCGGGCUGCUUGCUUCCACAAGUGAUGAUGGGACAAUAAAGAUAUGGGAGCUGGCAACUCUGACCUGAUUUUUUAUACUUGGCACAGCUUGUGAGACCAAGAGAUUGAUGUUAUUAGAUAUAUCCCUUGUUAAUCUCUUCUUAUUAGUUGAUCAGUGUGAUAGAUGGCCUUAGUUCGACUUGAAAUCGCUCUCUCAUGGAAGCCAUUUGCUGGUUUCCAUAUUAAAUAAAGCAUUUGUGUUUGUAAUCUUCUUUUGGAGUGAUGUAUGACUGGAAUGUUCGAAUUGACUGUAUAGUCUACCAGAACUAAAUUCAAUAGAAAACAUCCGGACCUCGGUAUUUCCUAUA